AUGGGACAUUUUAAAGCAAUAGAAAAACAAUUAUCAAGCAUGAAAAUACAUGUUACUUUAAUCACCGUGUUUUUUAUAAUAAAAUCCAGUGAAUCAAAUUCUUUUAAAAAUGAACAAUUUACGAACAAUCCAGGAAUAUAUUUUGAAAAAAUCUCCCCAUUAUUCUUAACUGUUUCACAGUGGAACCUAGUAACCUAUUACAACAUAUCUGAUUAUGAACAAAAUUAUGCAGCAAUUAACCUAUAUUAUAUUAAUCUAAAAGACCUUUGUGAUAAAUACCAAUCAACUUAUGAAAAAUUAACAGAAACUUGCACGGAAUUACAAAAAAUUAAUUUUCAAACUAUCAACAAAAUAAACGAAGAACACGAAAUUGUUCAACAAUACCUAGAAAUCGACGAAACCAAUUACAACACAGCUAAACAACGAACAAAACGAAGUUCAUAUUUCGGCGGAAUUGGAAAAUUGCAACGAAUUUUAUUUGGAGUACUAACGGAAGAGGAAGGAGAAAUAUUUGAGGACAAGAUCAAAACACUAGAAGAAAAACCUUAA